AUGAAAGCCAGAGCAAAUGUCCAACAUGGAAGAGCUGCAGAAAAGCAGAGCAAGCAGGUCAUGCGGGAAUUGCAGAGGUAUGCUAUGCAACUGGUGGAUUCUAAAACAAUCUUGGCUAAGCAGGGUUUUGACCACGAUAGGCCGCCGAAUCCGAUGCGAUCGCCAGGCCCCUGCUUGCGCCAACUGUGCAACAGCAAAACUGCAAUGCCAGGGUUACGGUCUCCGUCUAUCCUGGCCCAAAUUUUUUUCAUCAAUAUGCAAGAAUGGCAUGUUGCUGCUUACUACAACGCCAUGUCUUCAAGUAGUAUUCGUAUUAUAAAACAAACAGUACCCCAGAACCAGAUACCGAAAUCCAUCCCUUUGUUACUAGUAGACGAGAAAGACACAAGUCUGCUCCAUUAUUGUAUGUUACUCCAGGUCUGCGGAUAUAAAUGUCGUACUAAACUGUCAGAUUUGCAAAAUGCGGCAAGUUUCUUCCUGAAUCCCUUGGGAUCUCUGGCACAGUUGCUCCUACAAAUUGGGCUUGCCGACUCUUCUCCAUCUUCUGCCGCAGUCCUCAACGGCCUCCUGGCAAUAUCGGCCUUGCAUGUCUCGGGCGAGGAAAGAGCUAUCAAAUUUAAAACCAAGGCAAUUGCUAUGACCAAGGCAUCAUUGAAUGCUGAAGGAUCGGGUUCGACUGUGAUAGGCAACCUAGCUGCCAGUAUGCUUCUAUAUAUAUACGAAACACUCCAUAUGUCUUCUCCCAAGGCUUGGUCAACCUAUCUAGGCGGCGUUAAGCAAGUUCUUCGGUUAUCUACAAGAUGUAGUCCUUUUUCAAAAAGUUACAAAGCCAUACUGGACUGGAUUACCUAUCACGAGACAAUGGUCAAGUUUGGGCAACUAUACUGGCCAAAAGACGGUGGGCUCACACCAUUUUGCCACGAUAGGGUUUCUAGUUCUUUCCGGACGCACCUUGAAGAUGAGAACAAUGUUGAAAUGGAUGCGACGGGUUGUGAUCCACACAUUCUAGAGGUUAUCUCCAAAGUUUUUGAUCUAACCAAUGGGAAAGGCGGGUUGGCCCCAUCACAGCCAGCAGACUUUCUAGGACUAGAAUGUCAGCUCCGUACAAAGCUCGCAGGAAUACCCAAGUCAGGCUUCGUUUCGGGAACCUCGUCGUGGAUGCAUGCUAUCACGAUGCUGCAUUGUCUCGCUGCACUAUUGUGGGUGAACCGUUCUGUCAAUGGCUACCUCGGGACUGAGGGAUCUCAUCAAUGGUUAGUAGCACAGGCUGUGAAAAUUCUUGAUCAGUUGAAGAUAUGCGACCUACCCUGGCCAUUAUUUAUUGUUGCUGGCGAAAUUCGAACGGAUGAACAACGGCGGAUUAUGCUCAAUAUUAUUUUUCAAACUCAGGAACGACCCAAAUCAAAGCACAUGAGCAUGGUCGAAGAGUUGAUAAAGGCAAUGUGGAACUACAAUGAUCUUGAUCCUUCUGGGUUAUUGCAUUACAAUGACAAGCUACGCUGUGUUAUCCAAGCGUAUCCAUGGAUAUUGCCGUUUACAUAG